CGAUUUUCUCUCUAACAUCUUUUUUUUGCAGCGAGCAAUAAAUCGUCUCAUUUUUUCGGCACCCAUGGUGGCGCUAGCGUCGCACGUGACCCGAAUUUGACGUCACCGCCGCCAUUUUGACUGUCACAAGGACGUUGUCUAGUGUUAUCGUUUACGAAACCGAAAGGGUGGCAUAUUUAUUUACCAAUUCGGGUUAUCUCUGUUAUCUUGUAAUCAGUGCGAUGUCGUGGGACGUGUGAAGUUGGCCCAACUGCCGGAUUUCGACCAGUGAUGGACAACACUGACCAGCCCAACUCAAUAUGCCACGUCCAGACCAUCCAGAUGUACCAGCUGCCACCAGAAGACAAGUCGCUGAACCUCCCAUUCAGGUUGCUGGACGGAGAGGGCGUCUUCCACCACGGGAAGACGGUGGAUGGGCUCGUAGUCAUAACAAAUUAUAGGCUGUAUCUGCAAGUCGGCGACAAUCAUUACCAUCUACCUUUAGGAUUGAUCGAGAAUGUUGAGCACAGGGAAUUGUUUUACCUACAUAUCUGGUGUAAGGAUGCCAGGACUUAUCGGUGUACGUUCAGUAACAACGAGACUUGUUUGGAGUGGUUCGAUCGAAUUACGAAAUUCAGCGAGGCGCCACCCGGCCUCGAAUUCGAGCAAGUCUUCGCCUUCUACUAUUUCAUCUGGCUGCAGAAAAAAGGCGGCGAAGAGUUCGAGGAAAGACUCAACAACUUGAAACAGUACACGUUUAACUAUGCAUUAUUCAAGCGAGAGAUGGAGAGGUUGCAGUUCGAGGGCGACUCCUGGAGGAUCAGCGAAGCCAACAAAAGUUACAAAUUGUGUUCUACUUAUCCGCCGUAUCUUAUAGUGCCGUCUUGCAUCAACGAUGAAACGCUCGAGGCCGUUGCGAAGUUCAGGAGUUCGAGGAGGAUUCCGGCGGUGGUGUGGAGACACACCAAGAACGGCGCCGUCAUCGCCCGCUGCAGCCAACCCGAGGUCGGCUGGCUGGGCUGGCGCUCCAGCGAGGACGAGGACCUCAUCAAAGCCAUCUCGCAAGCGUGCAGUUUCGACCCGAGGAGCGACCGAGAGUCGGACCUUUCACACUCGCCCGGCUCUCACCACUCGGAGGAUUCCCUUCAGAUCACGUCGGACAUAGGGAACAAGGAGAAGAAGGUCCUGAUAAUGGACGCCAGGUCGUACACCACGGCCGUAGCGAACAGGGCGAGGGGCGGAGGCUGCGAGUGCCCAGAGUACUAUCCAAAUUGUGAAAUAACGUUCAUGAAUUUGGCCAACAUACAUUCCAUCAGGAAGAGCUUUCAGGCUUUAAGGCUGUUGUGUAUGUCGUCGGCGGAUCAGCCAAAUUGGUUUAGUCAGUUGGAAGGGACCCGUUGGUUACAACAUAUGUCGGGUUUGAUGAAAGCAGCCGUAACUUUAGUAACUGCCGUAGAUCGCGAUGCAAGACCUGUUCUAGUCCACUGUUCCGACGGAUGGGAUAGGACGCCCCAAAUCGUCUCAUUGGCCGAACUUUUACUAGACCCGUUUUACCGAACCAUCGAGGGUUUCCGAAUUUUGAUCGAGCGCGAAUGGUUAGCUUUUGGUCACAAGUUCGCCGACAGGUGUGGCCACACGAUAAACGGCGACCCGAACGAGCGCUGUCCCGUUUUUCUGCAGUGGUUGGACUGCGUGCAUCAGCUUUUGUUACAGUUCGAUUGCUCUUUUGAGUUUUCGCAGACUUAUCUUGUGAAGUUAGCUCAACACAUUUAUUCCAAUCUGUAUGGAACUUUCUUGUGCAACACUUUCCAAGAACGCAUGAAAGUGGUCAACGGAAAAACGUUUUCGGUGUGGGAGUUUUUGAACUCGCCGAGGUUUAGGAAUCACUUGUAUGCGCCACCUGGAAACGGUGGUGGGAGCAGGGUCCUCUGGCCGCAGUCCAACGUCCGCGACCUCCACCUUUGGCACGAGGUGUACCUCGGCUCCUGGGAGGUGAACUUCAGCACCGACGGCGGUUCCGGCUCCUGCCCCGGCCCGCCCGAGUCUUCCCCGUCGCACAUGACGAAGACGCGUUCGUACGGCGACCUGAUCAACGCCGCCGACGUCGGCACCGGCCCGACCCAGUUCCGACGCAGCAGCGACCCUAGUAUUAAUAUCGAUAAGAAGUUAGUGAUUCCUCAGGAAAGCAGCAGCGCCCCAGCUCAGGACAUGGUCAACGGCCACGCCGCCGCCGACCAGCAGCAGCUUCCGCAGCUGUCGUCCAACGGUGGCGAUUUUUUAUCCAACGACCCGGACGAGGUCGAGUGCAACAGGGACUGUAUAUACAAAGACGUGCGAGUGAACGGCAGACCGACGUUUGACGUAGUGCCAGUGGACGGUAGUGCGACGACGGACGGUGGCGUUCUGACCGACAAUGUGAUAAACGGUGAUAAGACUGACGUGGAUGAGUGCGAGGAGGACGUUCGGGCUGUGUUGAAAAAUGCGUGCUUGAAUGAGGAGUUGACGCCGUCCUAUAACCAUAGUAGCGAAGUAGAUUCGGAUAACGAGCUGACGGAGAAGAGCGAGAGCAGGUCGGAGAACACGGUGUGCGACGUGGGGGCGGCGGAGAGGCUGGAGACUAGUACGGAUACGUUAGUUUCGGAUAGUCAUAAUAUCAGUUCAUCCCCUUUAGAAGUGAACGGCUUCGAGAAACUCCAAAGUCCGGAAGAGGGCGUCGACUCGACCGACGGCUACAAGUUGUCUGCUCAAAAUUUGAAAUUCGUCAACGAUGCGUCGAGCAGUAAAGCAGAAAUGUCCAAAUAUAGCAUUUCACCAAUGUACUCGAGGGCGUCGAGUAGUAGCGGGUGGGAGACGGGUUUACAGCAAAGCCGGCCCUGGCACCACCAGACACACCCCUAUAAUUUGGGGGACGACGGGCUCAUACCGGUGACGUCGGUCGCACAAGAGAGGCUGUGGCAAAUCAUACAAGAACAUAAGCGAAAAGAAGAACUUCUAGAAAAGGAGCUGCACACGUACAGGCAGGCGCUCCUGAGGCAGGCGUGCCAUCGGUGCAACAAUAACGAUAGCGAAAAAAUCGACGAUAGCUCUGAUAGCGAAUCGGAAUCGUCAAAUCGCAGCGUGUUGAGUAGCCCCCAAAGAAUUUCGAGCCCCGUUACGAAUAAAGCGUGUUCCGUCGUGGAGUCUGUUUGCAGUGCGGGGGAAGGCCAAGCCUCAGCGGUUGAAUCUUUACGGUCGGAUAUGUCGUGGGAGGCUUUGGAAGAUAAUGUGUUGACCGAAUGUACUCUGUGGGUGCCCGAUCACGCCGUUAAUAGGUGUACAGGGUGUAACAUGGAGUUCUGGGUUGGGAGGAGGAAGCACCAUUGCCGGAAGUGCGGCCGGAUUUUCUGCAACAGUUGCUCAGAGUACAGCACGCCCUUACCAUCCGAGCAACUCUACAACCCUGUCCGUGUGUGCGCCUUUUGUUUUUCGAAACUGCGAAGAGACUGCGGGGAAGUCCCCGAUCAAUGCAAGCAAAGCAACGGCCAGCCGACAAACAGUAACCCCCAGAUAACGGCGUCCAGUAAUUGAUUGAACUCGUCGCAUUGCAUUUUCCAAAGUUGCGGUAUAGUUUCGGUUGGAGAUUUCGGUAAAUUCGAUGAAUAAGGGAAAAUAAAGGCUGAACGUACUGUGAUUAGAUGAAUUCGUUAUAAUUGUUUGUUUUAUUUUGGCUUUUUAAAUAGUUCAAUUGAUUGCUAGAUUUUAUUAGUGUUUUAUUUUAUCUUCUUCGUUUAACGAUCGAUUUUUGGAAAAUGUAAUAUUUCAGUCCAGAUAUGUCUUUUUUGUUUUAUAACGAUAAUAAAACACAUAGUGCACUCGACUUUUUUUUAUUAACCGAUGAAAUUUACACUAAUCACGAGGAUUGUUAUGUACAGGUUUGCGAGUUUGUAUAUGUUGCAUUGGUUUAUUUCGUCUAUUUUUGUGGACUAAAUUUUAAGAGAACACUGUGAUGACAUUGAAUUAAAGGUAUAAAGUUUGUACGAAAAUUUUGCACUAGUUGAAUGACUCGUCACCAGAUUUUUCUCAUUAACGGAAUUGGAUUAAUUCAAACUGAUUUCAGUAUAAAAAAAAAAUGACAACAAUAUAACCGUGUUAUCUAUGUUUCCAAGUGUAAAAUUGACAGAUCCUUGUACAAUAAUUGUUAGCGAUGUACUAAAUACCGACUAUCGGUGUCUAGCAGUACAUCUAAAAAUAUAUAUGACUAUUUUAUUUUAUAUACCAUUAAUGUAUAGAUUUUGUAGAGUUGUUGGUUUUCGCAAUAUUUUUUAUUACUGUUUAGACUCAAGGUCCAUAAAAACAUUGCGGAAAUUGUACAUACUUUUUUUCACUAUUAUGUAUUUCUUUACACUUUUUGAUGUUAUAAUGUAUAUAAGAUGAUACAAGUAUUUAAUUGUAAAAAAAAACAUAACAGUUCCUUUAUAUUUUCUAAGCCAGGGCAUUAUAUGCAGUGGGUCAUCAGCUUCUUAAUAUUUUUGUUUGUUUUUGUUAGGUUUUAAAUCUAAAUUGUAAACUCAUUAGUUCUUGGUAUAUAUUUGUAAAAUUAAACAUAGAUAAUUGCAUUUAAUUUUAGCAAAUAUAGAAAUGUAAUUUUUAAAUUAGUUGCCAAUAAAAUAUUUAAUUAUUA